GUGGGGGGAGAAGGAACCCACUUAGAAGUCUUCCCUCUCACACUUGCCUCUCCUGGUAACUUGCUCCGGUCGUACUUUGGAAGAAGGCGGAAAUAAUUUGGCUCAUCUGCAUGCAGGAACACAACAAAAGAAAUCUUUCCUUUUCAGACGGGAAUGAGGGAAGUCAGUGACUUAGCCUUAAAGUUUUGAAGCAAACUUUUUCAAGAGGCUUUAACUCAACAGAGGGAGGAACAUGACCUAAUUUGAGAUUAAUAAGACAACUGGGUGCAGUCAAAUUAGUGGUAGUUCCCCAAGUUCCCCCCUCCACCCACAAGACGGACAGAUGCAUCACUGUACGUUCUUAUACGUACAAUUUACAAGCCCUGCCUUUCCCUUCCUGCCUUUUACCCCAACCCUUCAUGGAUUCUUACAGCUUGCACUUUGAGAGAAUGAGCAACGUGGACCUGCAUCCUCUUAGCCUGUCUGUAAGCCGGCUUUCGCCAGCCAAGUCCAACAACAGUAUUGCUGACCAUCUAAGCCACCACCAGCACGGCAAAGGGGAUUCUGCAUACAGCUCCUUCUCUGGUGGGUCCACUGCCCCAGACUACCCAUCUCCCUUCCUCCCUGAUGACCUACAGUCCAGCUCAUUCAGCCACUAUGCUGACCUUAAAUAUGUAAAGUCUAUUUACCAUCCAACCCAAUUUCUGCAGUCUGACUCAAAGACCAUGGAUCAGCUCUACCGCUCUGUCGAAGCCAUCUCACAGCAGUAUCACAAAAACUCUGAUUUGAACUACCAUAGCCUCAAUGGCAAUGAGAGUUUGCACACCAACAACAGUGCACACCCUAAAAAAGAGGUGCAGUCGGGGACUCUAUCCCAAAGUGGUCAGGCCCCACCGGUACCAUUACGCCUAGAUAGUUUUAUAGCCACUAAAAACUUGGAGAACAGCAGGGCUCGCCUCCAUGGUACUGAAUUUAAACCCCUCCCCCAACAACCUCAACAACAGAUUCGACUCCAUGGCCAACCAUAUUCUCAGAGCCUAAAUUCCCCAAGGUCAGAGACAGCGAUCCUAGAUAAGAGCAGCUCAAACCUGAGUUCUGAACCAUUGUACUCUGUUUGGAGAGGCUCUCACGAGAUGCAGCAGGUCCAGCAUCCACCAAGCUACCAGCUCCACCUCCAACUUCACAACCAGACAAGGGUGAACCCAGAAAACCCUUCCAUUGUGGACAGCAAUGCUGCCUCUGAGCUCCACAGCCAAUCACCACCUCACCGUAGAAACCAGCCUGAACAUCUGACACCCAAACAGACUUCUGGCAUGACUGGCUGUAAUGGAGACCAUCAGAUUAAAUCUGGUGGUUAUUUUCAAAGUGAGCGCAAAAGGGCACACUCAGCUCAGGAAGUGCAUGGUUCUUCAGAACUGCAGCGAGCCGACAGUCCCCGGAACGGCAGCCAGAAUUGUCUAAGCAGCAGCAUUCACCACAAGGGCCAGUUCUACUUUGUCACAGGGGUGUACAAACCAUCUGAACUUGCUGUGAGGACACAUUCUGCAGCCAUAAGUGGUACAGAAUUUGUAAGGGAGGUCUCGGCUGUGUUAGAAACCCACCAUCGAGACAAACCGCAAUCCCACAGCUCUAUAGAUAAUUUUUUCAGACCUUUCUAUGAGAGUUCGCACACGUCCAGUGGUAUGAUUCCAGAAGACGAGGAGGUUUUCACUCCUGUGGAUCAGGGAAUGGUCCAGAUGUCCAAGAGCCUGGACCAGGAGAAUUACACCCCACCCCACAUUUUAAAUGUCCUGGACGAAAGUCGUGAGAUUGGCCGCCACACAGCAAGCAACCCAAUAUUCUACUGCGGACCUGAUGGAAAGAGCCCACCACAGUCAGCCACUCAUCAAAAUGACGUCAAUUUGGUGAUGGGCAACAAGUCGAGAAACUACAGCAGAAGAGAAGAUCAUACCAACAGAGGGAAGCAGCACCCUUUGGAAGACCUUGCUAGUGAGAGGAUAAACAAAGAGACAACACCACUGCUGUAUCACCUAACUGGAGCCAGUCGAACAGCAAUGCAGCCCAAUCCAGAUCCUGGAUUCAGUGGAAGGAAGGAAGGUGUCCUUAAUAAAUCCGUCCAGGAAGAGGUAGCAGUAAAUAAUAAUGAGACACCUGCACAAGGUGACGCUAGCAGGAACCACAGAGGAGAUGUUCUGUCUGCUGCUUGCGGCACCCUGGAUGAUUCUUUUAAAAAGUACUACAAAGAGAAACUUAAGGAUGCCCAGUGCAGAGUCUUGAGUAAGACGUCAUUUAAGAGGCGAGACCUGCAGCUGCCUUUUCCACAUUGUUUGACUCAAAACUCUGAGUGUGGGCCUGCAGUGAUUCACUCAUUUUCCUCAUCACAAGACUCUGAGAUAUCAACAGACACACUUACUCCAUCUUUGACAUCCCAGGACACAGAGAAAGGCAGCAUAACAGAGGUCGGGGACAUUCAGAAGGAAAUUGAAAAAUCGUUUGAGAGGAAAAACAUGCGGUUAGCAAAUGUGGCUCAGCCUCAAGUGGCGCGUAUCGGAGGCAGAAAAAGACUGACCCCAGAGCAGAAGAAGAUGUGCUUCUCCGAGCCAGAGAAACUCAACGAGCUCGGCAGCACGCCCAAACACUCGGUUUGCUGCUCAUUUGGGAAUGAGAGUGAAGGAUUGUUUGCAGCUGUGUUUGAAGUUGAGGACGCGACGCAGAAAGCGGAGCAGGGACUGGUCGCAGCACGGAGGGAGAUGUUUGAGUCAAGAGGUCGAGCUCUGUCUGUCUCAAGCGCAUCAAAGACUAACCUAAAGCAUGUUCAGCAUCAGGCCCUCGUGGAAUACAUGGAACGAAAGACGGGCCAGAAGGUGACUGAGCCGCAGCACCCAGCAUCUCAUUCACCAACUCCAUCCAGACAAAGACAUUCUCUCGGUGAGAAACCAUUUGACUGGAAUCCUCGCCCACAAUCGUGGAAUCAUGAGAAACACACAAAGAAGAAACACCAUAGACCCCACUCUGCUGGGCGUAUUCUUGAUUCACCCAGUAGCUCCAUCAGGUAUGCCCAGUUCUUUUCUGCCCAGUCCUGCUCAGGCCACUAUCCUGGCCACCAAAACUCUUCCAGACUGAGGGAGAGUCAUGGUCCACCUCAGGGAAAAUCUGCAUCUGCAGAGAGUCUGUUGGACCAGCGGGAGUCAGCCAGUUUCCUCAGGAACAGAUCCACAUCCACACCACAUACAUUUCAGCAGGCACAUGACAAAGAAGAGAAUCCAGAACCAGUCAGCACCAUGGAAACCCAGAGUUGCUGGAAGAAUGAAGCAGAACAACCAUCAGAGAAACGAGUUGCUGAAGGCCAGCAGCAUUCUCGGAAGGUGGGGCAGAGGGGAAAGUCCAUGGAGGAGCUUGGGGCAUCGAAGAUAACUAAAGUAUCGACCCUGAGCAAAAGCUCAGAGCACCUGGAUCAGCUGCGGAGGAAUUCAGCUGAGCCUGCAGGAAGGAGCAGAAAUGACAGGAGUAUUUCACACUUUGCUGAAGACAGAGACGCUCGACGACAGGAAACAAGAAAAGAAGUAGAGUUUGUUGGUCAGAAUAACUCUCAGGGACAGAACCAACAACAAACCCAGAAACAUCUUCCCCAGAAGCAAAGCUCUGAGCAGAGGGAAGAUGCAACAGGAGAAACGGGCUCUGCUGGAUCCGUCUCUCCAGUCUCCAGUGGAGAACCCAGCGAGACAUUUUCCAACCCACCUUCCCCCAAAGGUCAAAAGAUCAGUGAAUGGGAGAUCAAAUCCACCUGUUCCACACCCACCCAGACAAAGCGCCCUUGUGAAAGCACACCUGUCUCCAGUAGAAGUGGGACUUCCCCAAGAUUAGAGAGGGAGCAAACUGCCGACGAAUCAGGUGGCGAGGCAAACCACGAAGUGACUCUGAGCUGCGGCGUCACCACUGAUCCGUCACUGUGGAUUCUCCCGCCAGAAGAAGAGCUCAAAGAGGAUCUCCGGAACUCCUUUCAGACAAACAUUGUUUCCGACGAGCGUGGUAACUCCAUCUCCAUGAAGCAGACAAGCAACUCCUCUGUGUCUCCUUCCACGUCUGCCUCCAAAGCAGAAGUCAGUCACCAGGCAGACAAGCAAAAAGAACCAGAUCUGGAAGCUGAGACGGUGGGACAGAAGGAGGAGACGAAGAAGACGGAAAUGCCAGAGGGAGAGACAGAAAUGUCUGCUAAGAAACCUAAGUGGGAGGAGCUUGUAAAGGCGGUGGUUACAGCUGACCAGUCACUGGCCAGGGUACUCUGUCCGCUGGCCAGUCGUAAGACUGCCCUGAUGUUGAUGGAGCAGCUUCUGUCAGAGGACACCCUGCUGAUGGAGGAGCACUACAAGAAGAAACAGGAGCAGAAAGGAGCUGGUGAAAGCAACGAAGCAAGUAAAGGAGCUGAACCGUCUGAAUGUCCGCCUGAUUCAGACGGCGAGAAAUCUCAGUGCACGGAUGAGCAAAGCCAAGCUGAUAUCACUGAGAUGAAGCGUUUGUUAGUUUCUUAUAUCAAUGAGCAUCUGCGUUCUCUGGAGGAGUCGCGUGGAGCCCUGCAGACAGAGGUGGAGGAGAACACGGCCCUCGGGGAGGAGAUGAAGCUGCUGGUGGGUGAGCGCUGUCUGCCAGUGGAGCUGGAGAGGUACAACCUGUUCAUCGGCGACCUGGAGAGAGUGGUCAACCUGCUGCUGUGCCUUUCUGCCCGGCUGGCCAGGGUGCAAAACGCCCUGAGUGUUGUGGAUCAACACACCGACGCUGAGGAGAAGGAGUCUCUGGACAGUCGCCACCGCCUGCUGUGCAAACAGAGGGAGGAUGCCAAAGAUCUGAAGGAUAACCUGGAUCGCCGAGAGAACCUGGUCUCCACCUUCCUGUCGCGCCAGCUGUCCGCUGAGCAGCUACAGGACUACCGGCGCUUCGUCCAGACCAAGGCCUCACUCCUCAUCCGCCAGAAGGACCUGGAGGAGAAGCAGAGGCUGGGAGAGGAGCAGCUGGAAGCGCUUUCUAACAGUCUGAACAUGUGAAGGAACAGACACUGUGGCUCUGGUUUUCAGGCUUUCUGGAUGUUAUCCAAUCAUGACUCAUUUUUCUCUCUCCCUCCUUUCAAGAGUUUAUGGAGGACAGAAAUAUCUGCUGAGAGUCACGUGGACUUUUUUCGCCCAUCUCCGUUUGCACAAGCAGCAGUGUGCAUUAAAACAUGUCUAAUGUUGUGCAUUUGUUUUCACUUUGAAAAGAAUUGAACUGUCAGUGUGCCUUUAUAUAUAUUAUUGUAGCCGUUGGAACUUUUUAUCUUAGAGCUGGUGUGCAGAAACUUGUAGUAAUUCAGAUACUGUCCUUUUGUUGUCCAUUGAGAUAAUAGCCCUGCAGCCCUGUAUCUGCACCUGUGGAAACCUACAAUAAGCUUUAAGAUCGUCUCUGAGCAGCGACGAGGCUUCAGUAGCCUGACGGAGGGCGAUGUGCCGUUCCAUGUCUGGAAAAAUGUACUGUAGAUGUAGAAGAGUUAAUAUUCUUCUUUUUGGUUGUCUAUAUUUCUAAAUGCAUUUCAAAUUAAGGUUCUAAAAACCAAAUGAAAUAAGUUCAAUGGAAAAAAAGCACUUUGUAAAGAUACAUGUAUGCACAUUACAUCAAACUGGAGUCUAAAUAAUUUUAAGUGAAAGCCUUACUCCAUUUGUUAAAAUGUUUUUUCCUCCUCAGUUUAAAGGGCAUUUAUCAUCACUUUUACAACUUUUCCUUUUUAACUUUGUUCAGGCUUGUAUUCCAUGAUAGUUGCAUUAAUUUUCAUGUUCACAACAAAUAAGUACAUGGAAUGCAUAGCACAAUAUUCACCAAAGGCAAAAUUGAUGACUGCAAAGUCUCCACAGUAAAUAUGUUUAUAAAAUGGGGAUGUAUGUGAGGAGAAAGAAGAAAUCUCGUCUCUGUCGGGUAUCUUGGAGACUUAGUAUACCGGCACCCAUUAAAAACAUUCUGUGGUGAACCCAGUCUGACUGUAAUUUGUCAGUUGAUGUAAUUUCUGCUCCUCUUCUGACCAGCAUUGUUAUCGAUCAGCAAUCCAAUUUCUCCCAGCUGUGUCACCAGUAAAAUGUAUGUUAAUGUACUGCUUAGUUAUUGCUCAAGUCUCAUUUUUUUAUAUAUAAUCAUACAUGUUUUACUUGUGAGCGUUCAAGAACAGAAUCACACAUUUCUCACAAACCCCUCAGUGAAUGGCUGCUGGCUAUUGGUUCCAUCUGUAUUAUUGACUGUAUUAUGUCCCUUUUUCUCAGCUCUGCGAUUUCUUUUACCCAUAAUUCCAAGAUUUUAAUUGCAUAUAAUCCCAGGGAAAUUAAGGUCACCAAUACACAGACGGGUUAGGUAAAAUCCACCCCUCAUAUCUGUGUUCACUAGAUGAUUUUUGUAUCAAAAGUUCUUAUAUUUUGUGUGUUGCCAAUAAGUGACCACACAUGCAUUUGGAAUAUUUGAAUUAAAAUGGCCUUUUUGUGUCAAGAAAAUAAUACUUUGUAUGAUUUAAAGAUCAUUAUCCAUAGCACCUUACUGUUACCCAUAAGGUCCUUUUUCUUAGAGACUGACUACCUGCUAUUCACUGCUGUUCAGUAAUUUAAUCAUUUUUAGGUGUCCUGACUACACAACAUGAAGAGUUUCGCAUAUCUCCUUACCUAAAUCAAUAGAUACUAAACUCACAAAAGCAGUUAUCAUGGAGUAUUUCCCCUUAUGUCCUUUUUCAGAAGCGACAUCUUAUACUUGAAACACUUUUCUUUAACAGGUUUAAUUUACUUCGGGUGUCUUUAUUCCUGGCUGUCUUUUGGUACUUGAAUCAAAUAACCCAUCUACAUGCAGUUGUACUGCAUUUAGUUCAGCCAUAUUUGUGUCUUUCAGUGACAUCAGAGAGCUGUUAGAUAAUUCUCCGAACUCUCUUUUUGUCUGUGAGAUCAUGUGUGUUUAGAAACUGAUCCCCCUGUUAUUUUUCCCUCAGGUAGUAUACCUGCUGCCUGCACCGUCUCCAAUAUUUAAACUCUUCUGCACUGACUGACUCACUUUUUGCCACCAGCAAAGAAAAUCUUUGGAGAUUUUUACCUCUGUCCGUCACUACCGGACUUGUUUAGAAAAUUUGUUUUUGUCUUUUUUUUCCUGACAUCUAAAGGCUGAAAAGACUUUCAUGCUGUUUUCUGUAGCUGGCUGGAAUUCCUCAAUUAUGCAAACCUCCAACAUUUUGAACAACCAGAC